UAGUUGUGUCUCAUCCUCCAAGCUCGCGUGGUAGGGACAGAAAAUGCAACUGUUUGUGUGCAUAUCUCAUGAAUGCAAAUUGAAAUAGUUUCUGUUAUAUGCCGUAAAACCAAGCAGACCGUUCCAUGAAUUUGAAGAGGGUGAGACAAGUUUCAGUUCCGGUGAUUCAGGCAUUCGCUUGUGAGAAGGACUCAGAAGCAAUGCGACGACGUAGAGUGCUCAGAAAGUUUGAUAAAGAAUUAGCAAACCGAAAUUACAAAGCUGCUAGCUCUCUGUUGAAGCAAUUACAGCACAUGCCCCGAGCCCUACUUGGCUUCGGUUCUGCCAAAUUGGUGCCUAAAAUAAUACCAGCAAUCAAUACACAACAACUAUCUAUGGUUGAUUCAUCGUCUUUUGAAUCUUUAGUUGACACAAUUAUGUGUUCAAUCAAAUAUAGCAUCAAGUUUGCUAUAUCAGAUGAGGAGGUCUUAUUAUCGGGAAUGGAAGAUGCUAUGGGGAGUGAAACCGAUAAUUCCCCUUAUGAAGAUCAUCAAAUGUGUUUGCAACAUGAGGUGGGGCAUUUUUUGGUUGGUUACCUGGUGGGGGUCUUACCAAGAAGCUAUGAAGUACCUAGUCUACAAGAUAUAACACAGGACAAAUUUGCUCAGGGAAAUGUGCAGUUUCUUGGCUUUGAAUUUCUCAAAGAAGUCCAAAUUGUGCAGGUUGAUAUUAAUACUAUAUCAAGCAAACGGUGUACCCAGGGCAAGCUAAAAAGCAAGGAAAACAGGGCCAAAAUCUCAUCCCAGACUUUGAACAGAUUCUUGUGUGUGAUACUAGGAGGGUUAGCAGCAGAGCACCUGGUAUUUGGAUACUCAGAAUUACUUCACUCAGAUGUUCAAAAGUUGGACAGAGUGCUAAGGUGGUUAUGCUACAAUGAGAAUGAAGCCGACUCUCUGGUAAGAUGGGCUAUACUUACCACUUUGUCACUAUUAAGUCAUCAUCACGAGGCUCGAUCAAGACUAGCAGAGGCCAUGACUUCAAGAAGAUCAAUUGGCUAUUGUAUUGAUAUGAUAGAGAACACUUUGUGAGACCAUGUUGUUUAGCCACUGACUUGGGGGACCAUAUGAUUUUUUUAACUCAACAAGUUCCCCUUCUCAUUGUUUUGCAGCAGCAGAAUAUGUCAGAAUACAUAAGAGGGGUUACUUAAAUAAUGUCACUCUCUAAUCUCUCAGAGAGCAUCAGAAACUAAGUUACAUU